AUGGUGGACGGGAUCGCGUUAGCCAGUGCUGCCGCUGUAGCCCAUUGUGAUCCGGUAAGAUGUGGAGCUUACGAUAGUCGCAACAAAUCCUCGCCUUACCUGUAUUUUCCCACUCUUGUGAUAAUCCGAGCGCCGAAGUCCAGUGAAGAGAAGAUACAGGGUAUAGCUGCUGCUGUUGAAUCCCACGGUAGCUUUGACCGUUUCUGUUACCAGUUUGCUGUGGCUCUCCACCUCCUCUUCUCACUACGGAGUGACGGGCACGUUUAUGCUGCUAAUUAUUUGCGGAGUGCAAUAAGCAGCCUUGCUGUGAAGGGCUCGGGGACCACGACGGUCACGACGGUCGGGGUCUUCGCUCCGUACUUCUUCAUUGAACCCACAACAAUCCUACCGAAAGACGUGUUCGGCUUCGCAGCAGAGACAGAGGGUUUUGCGGCGCUGGUAACCCCAGGAGAGGGUGCGAAGAUGCCGUUUUUUGAAAGAGCGGAGCCAGUUGCAAAAUGCAGACAUGUUUCUGAGUGGAUACUUACAUACAGGAGUGCGCGGACGUGCGGGAUGGUAUUGUUUGCAAUGAACUCCGGGGAGGAUGGCCUUGAUGAGAUGCAGAUUAGAGAUUUUGACCAUGACAUGUUUGUGCUUACCAGGCUCUCGCAUGAAGAGAUGCUACGGAGAAAGCGAAAUAGAGGGUUUGUAACGCCGGCCGAUCUGCUUUGGGUACGAGGUCUGAGCAAGUUGCCCCAUCCUGCUGAAAUGAUCCAAGGCUGUGGGCGUCUACGUAUGACGCUGGUGCACAGGGAUUUGAAGCAUGGCCGCGAAUCGAGGCCGACACCGUACAUUCCUGAUCCGGAUGAUGCCCAAUUAGCCGAACUCACACUGAACGCAAGCAAGCCGGCCUUCUGUUGCUGCGGUAAAUCGGACCAGAAAUCGCGAGGAGUAAGUAGGAUUAUAACUUGUGGCGCGACUAAGCUCGAACAGUCUUUAUUAGGACGCCGUUAA